AUCGAUAAAUAGCCACGAACAGCUGUGCGGUCGUAUAUUUUUUUCGCCCUAUUGCCGACUGUGUUUACAAUUAUCUAAUCGUGAAUUAAAAUAAAGCUAUGUCCUGGCUUGGAGGCGCUAUUCAGAAGCUCGGAAGAGCUACACUUCUGGCGGUGGGCGGAAAGGCACUAGCUUCAGUGGCGUCCACUAGCUCCACUGUGCGACAGUUAUCCCAUGCUGAAAGGCGAGCACGCGGACCCACGGUGCGGCGCUAUGGAUAUGAGGACAAGAUCUACAAAAGCGGACUACUCCCCCAUGUGGACAACGGACACAAACUUCCCAUGCCCGUAUAUCGGCCAAAGAACGCUUGGUCCAAGAAACGCGCCUUAUUUGGCCAAAACGACUACAUCGACAUUCUGGGUAACGAUCGACUACACCCGGUAAAGGUCCUCUACUCCCUUCCCUCUUGGCUCCGCGGGGUCUCCGGCAAUGAGUACCAAGUGCUGCUCCGCAAGCGCAGAUUGCUCGAGAAGUCGAAGUAUCCGAUUGCAAGACCCACAAAGUGGCGGGACAUGGAGAAACGCAUUCUCUAUCUGUACAAGUUCCUUAACCGCAAGACCAAAACGGGUUAUUCACAUCAGUAGAUGCAUUAAGAUCAAAUAAAAUGUUUUGUUUAAUUUGA